CUCCUCCUCCUCCUCGUCUUCUGGCGGCUUCUUCGUGUCUCCACCGACGCGCUCCUCCGCGGCGGAUGUCCUGCAUCUCGUCGGUGAGGUUUUACCGUUUCACGCCGGAGGCCAGCGGGCGUUUUUCUCUAUUUUGUCUCCGUCUCAAAUCUCCGAUCAGCGGCAGUGAUGAUUGGAUUUAUUGACUACUGGAGCGACAGCGAAUGAAUCCAUGGGUGCUGCUGUUCCUUUCAAGUCGUUUUUCCAGCAGCACACAUUAUAGUUGCCAGUGUGCACGUUCAAGCUAUUCAAAAAAAAGAAGCAAAGGAUAAGGACCCCAGAUUUCAUGAAAAUUCAUCCUCCAAAUCAGACACGACAAUAGAGAUUCUCAAUACUGCCACACCGAAUGACUCUUCGAUGGGUAGACAGACGUUUUUGUAAUUUGUGCCAUGGAUGAUGGAUUUUGAAAGUCCUCUUGAGGGAGCUGUAAACUCAGAGGUAUUUCCAAAAUGAGCGAGACUUUUGGUGACAGGGAAUUAAGGAACAACAACCAGCAGAGUGGCGUGCUGGCCGGCGGUGAUGCCAACGCCAACGAAAUCCAGACAGAGGAUUGCGCGACGACGGACGACGUCGGCACUCUGUCUGGGCCGGUGACCGAAACGGCUCAGCGGGACAAAGUCAUCAUCUGGGGUACUGACUCGCAGUGCGAUGACCCCGAGCUGGCUGAGUUUGAGAUGCUGGAGUGUCAAGAGCUCGAGGCCUACCUGGUUGAGGAUGGGCAGGACUUUGUGGGACUCGCAGACCGUAAACCGCUUCAAGGACAGCGUUCGGCGUGUAGCAAAGAUACAGUAGAACCAGUAAUGGAUAACAAGAGCAGGGGAGAGAGAAGGUCUGUUCUGCACGGGGCCAGUGAGCAGGAAUCGAGUGCCGCUCACAUCUCUGAGAGCAGAGAGGUUUCCGGAACAGAGUUGAGCUCAGAAACGGAUGUUUUUGUAACCUGUCUGUCCACCAUUUCAAGCAUGGACACUGCUAUGGACACCGCUAGCAGGACGCAGACUACAGACUCCUGGAACAUGGCCUCCGGUCCUUACUCAACCAUCUCAGAAGACUUGACUCUGGUGUCCCAGAAUGGCAACAACAUCCCAGAGAGAGUCAAGGCCUCUUCCCUCUCUUCUGGAGACAGCACAAUACACGGGAACCACGUGGACAUGAACUCGAAUUCAGCAGUUAAAAAAUCAGUCGUGGGCAAUGGAGUAGAACUGUGUGAAGGUGUCAUUGAUGAGCACAAGAACAACAAAAACCAGGGAAUUAAAGCAGGGAAAACCAUUUCCGAGGGGGAUUCUUAUCGACGGAGAAGCACAGAGCACAAAGGUUCACACGCUGCAAACGUAUCACAUGAUGAAAGCACACAAAUGGACAAAAGCACACAAGCUGAUGAGAGCCCUGCUGUGAACCACAACCUGACAAAAACAGGUGCAAAGGGGUCUCCGUCGCCAAUGGAAUCCAAAUCCACAAAGACACAAGGAUCGUCUGAUACCUCGUUCAAAAAACAGAACUCCUUUGACAGGAGUUUCAAAAAGCAGCCAUCGUUUGAGAAUACUGUAAAAAAGCAGCAUUCCUUUGACAACAGCUUGAAAAAGCAAGGCUCCUUUGAGAAAAGCGCCACCUCCAGCUCUUCAAGUCUGGAGAGGAGGAAGCCAUGGGGAAGUCCCAGUCGACCAGCCACUCCUGCUUCACCUAAAACGACCUCCUGUUCCCCCAGAAGGCAACGGCUCGGUUCUCCAGCCAAGGUCCAGAGCAUCGGGGCACUGAGCUUGGAGCGCAGUGACUCCCCUCAGAGAGAUUUAGGUCAAUCAGUCCGACAACCAAUUAAGACGAGUUUGAGCAGUUGCAUCCCCAAACCCGUCACGUCCCAGCAGAAAGAACCUGAACCUAGGAGGACUUCUCCCCAGAAGCCUAAAAAUGUCCGACCAAAAAUCAUCACCUGUGUCCGUAAAAAUCCUCAAGCAAAACAACAAGGGACGGAUGCUCCACUCGAAGCUCCCACACAUCCACUUAGACUGUCUUCUUACUCCAGCUCACCAGCUCAAAACACUCCUAAGGUUGGUCCUCAAGCAAAAUCUACCUCUGUGCUGUGUUCCUCCAACCUGCUGUUCGACAAAUAUCAACAGGAGAUGCAGAAGAGGGGGGGCUAUCCUCCGGGCACGGCUGCGACUGCGGUCAAACCUUCGAGCAGCACCAUCCCUCAAAGGCUGGGUGGGAAGUCGGGCAGUUUCCAUGAGGAAAUGUCAGAGAAAUAUCUCCAGCACGUUUCCCAAGAAGGAGGCAGCGUCUACCGCUCACCCAGAGCUCUGAGGCCUCAGCUGGGGUUGGGGGCAGUCACCAGGCAGCCUGCAGCCAAGACAAGAGUUCAGCAGACAGGUCAAAGGUCAGGCCCCGUCCCGGGCCAAAAUUGUCAGGCGUCUACCCAUGGAUACCUGGACUCUGCAGGAGAACAAAAGAGGUCAGGAGAGAGAUGUCCGGAAACCGGCCCCAAGAGUGUCCUGCUCAAAUCAGGCCAGUCUGGUCUGCGGCCUCCCGGCUUCUCCGCCCUGCCGGUGGCCCGUCUGGGCACCUUUGGCAUCGCCCGGACCUCCAGUGUCUCCUCUGCCUCCAGCAAUCAGUCCUACGAAAGUAGUCACAGUGAUCCAUGCCGCCCUUCUCCCCAUCCAGAGCCCAACAACACACCUCUGCACAACGCCACAGCGCCCCCCGGUGAAGCCUCCCACGCUCAGAGCCGGCCUCCGCCUCCAAACGGCCCCGGCCUCCAGCACCGCAGCCUGCCGCCCCAGCGCAGCUCCCCGCUUGCCUCUAGGAGAGAGAUACAGAAGGACACAGAAGCUGCGGUGCCACCAGUGUCCUCACCUAAAAGAUUUGCAGUGGUUUCGCCUAAACCGCAGUCCCCCGUUCGUGGGCGGACUGCAGCGGUUCAGGGAGCGGUUCGGACUGACAAGGCCCAGGAGUUGGACCGGAUUCUGAUCCAGCAACUGCGGGAACGCUGUGAGCACCAGGACCUGCAGCUGCGCAGCCUUCAGGCCCAGUUGAAGAAGGCCUCCCUUUGCCUGGACGUUUUCAGCAUCACCACCCAGCACUUUUGUCAAAAGAGCGAGAGUGCCAUCGUGAAGGAGAGGGAACUGUCCCUGGAGCUCGCCAGAAUCAGGGAUGAAGUGGCUUUCAGCGUUGCACACUGGGAGCAACUGCAGCAGGAGAAGGAGGCACUGGAGCGUCGUUUCGAGGCCGAGCUGCAGGGACUGCGGGCUCAGCAGCAGAGGGAGCUGGGAAGGCUGGAGGAGCGGCUGAAGGCGAAGCACGCGGCCGAGGCCAAGAGCCUCCAGGCCCAGCAACGAGACGAGCUGGAGGAGCUUCGGGUCCAACAGCAAGAGCAGAUUGAGGAGAUGAGUGAGAACCAUGAGACUUCCUUGAUGGAGAUGGAGACGGCUCACGAUAACACUCUGGCCACUCUACAGGACGAGCACGCCAGGACCGUGAAGAAUCUCAAGAUGGCCCAUGAGCAGCAGACCAGGUCUCUGGGAGAAGAGUUUGAGAAGAUCAGACUGUCACUGCAGGAUCAGGUGGACACGCUGACGUUUCAGAAUUGUAGCCUCAGAGAUCGAGCCAAGCGCUUUGAAGAAGCUCUGCGCAAGAGCACAGAUGAGCAAAUUGUGGAUGCCUUGGCACCAUACAAACACAUUGACGAGGACCUAAAAAGUCUGAAAGACGUUCUGGAGAUGAAGAAUCAACAAAUUCACCAACAGGAGCUGAAGAUCUCAGAAUUGGAGAAAAUACAGGCUGAAAAGAAUGUGUACCUGGAGGAGAGAGUACAGGUGCUGCAGCAGCAGAACGAGGACCUGCAGGAGAGAAUAGACAAGAACCUUGCUAUAUCCAGGCAACUCUCAGAAGAUAACGCCAGCCUGCAAGUCCACGUGGAAAAGGAAAGCAACGAGAAGAAGCGGCUGAGUCGCAACAACGAGGAGCUGCUGUGGCGCCUUCAGACGGGCGAGCUGAGUCCUCGUAUGUCCCCCAGCGCCUCGCCCAUCCACCGGCCGCUCUCUGGACCGGGCUCUCCGGCCCGCCCACACUCCUACCAUCAAUGAAACUCUCCAUGGAAGCUCUUGUAUCAAAGGCUUUCUUUUAUCUAGCAUCCAAAGCUCUGAUCUUUUUUUUUUUUUAAAGCUGAAUGUUACUAAGAUUUAACACCACGUAGAUGGACAGAAACAUUUCUUGUCAUAUGCCGCUCACUGAUGCCAGGCUUUUUCAAUGUCGACCCCUUCUGACCUAAGGAAUUGUAUUAAUAAUUACGCCUCAUGUGUUCAUAUGGGAUUUUUCUCUCCCUCCGUACUUUCCCUGUCCCACCGGAGCCCCUCGCAAAAAACAAAGUACUGGAGUGGAUGAAAGGCCUGCUCGUUGGAGACUUCAGAGAGCAGGAUCAGAGUCACGGUGCCUCAUUUCCAUUCCUUUUUUUCCACAUUUACACCCCUUCCUCAUGCAGCGCUCAGGAUGAGAGAGCGCAACAGAAACAACAACAAGCGCCUUUGCCGUCCAUUUUCUCUCACCAGCAACGUCUGUCAAGGCGCAGGCAAAAAGCUGAACUAAAAUGACUGAACUACUUAAAGCGAGUUACACUCAAAGUGGGGAUUCUUCUCUGGUGUACGUCCUCUGCUGAAGGAUUUCAUCAGAUGUGUUUGAAGGACUAACCAUAUAACCUAAAUCAUCCAUGCUGCGUUUGCCUGAAACAGCUGGUUGUUGACAUCAAAUGUUCCGUUGAAACAAAAUAACUCAUAAAUCCAACUGCCUACACAGCAUAACCAUUAAUGAUAGUUAAGUAUUAAUGAUUUUGUAAAAACUGUAAAUUUAUGUCUCUUUAAAGCAUGAUCUGUCUUCCGGUAAUGAAUUUACUCGUAAGAUUACCUUACAUCGAGGGAGAAACCAGGAUUUAUUCAAUAGAUGCCAGGAAAUUAUUCAUUAUUGAAGUAUAGUAUUAAACAUUGCUGACUCCCAUGUUUUUUAUGUAAGAUGGUGCCUCUCCCCUUUAGUCGAGUUAAAGAAAUUCAAUUAUUUUGUGCUGGAUGUGGAAACACCACCAAAAAGAAAAACAUCAAAUGCAGCAUUUCAUCGUUUGCUGAAGCUGUCAAAUUUCUGCAGUUAAGCAACGUAGAAAUCGUCCAUUAAUGGUGCAGACACUGCAGUCCAAAUGAACUGUACACAUGCAAAUCCAACAGUUCCUCACUACGUUGCAUUAGAUCUUUAUUUAAGUGUACUCUCAAUCAAUUUGUUCCUGUUUUUUUUCAAUGUGUUCUGAAAUUCACAAGAGAAGCUCUUAUGAGCAAAUAUAACGGAAGAAUCUAUUAUGGGCGUCGUUAUUUUCCAUUUGAGAAUGAAGAGCAAUUUCUAUUAAGAGCAACAAUCAAGAAUUAUAUCCUGAAAAUUUCAAAGAUAAUUUCUCUAAUUUCUCAUUGUAGAGAAUAAUCUCAGGUCUCAAGAAGAAAGUAACAAAGGGAAAGUAACUGCCAUAUAAUUCUUUUUUCAUGUGUCUAUUUUGCAAUGUAUUCUUUGCAAAACAUGACAUGUAUGUACAGAAUGUGCAUACAUAUUUUAAAGAACAUAGAGCAUCACCAGAUUUACACAAAUACUUUAAAGAAAUUUUGCCUCAUUGUGACAUAUUACCCCAGAUCCAUAAAAUCUGGAAAUCUGCUCAGACAAGGACUUGGUUGUAGUUAAUUUGCAUGUACUGUUGGGACAUUAAGUAGAUUAUGUUUGACUUGGUGGGCCCGGCUGUGGGCGGAAAUUAUAUUUCUCUCCAUCAGGUACCCCGGGUGCAUUGAUUGCCUCUGUGUCCUGUGGACAUGACCCUGUACUCAUUUACUGAAUGUUUGUUUGGCACUGGAAUAAUAGGGAUUUGUUUACAGUUUGCAUCCAAUGUUUCCUGUGGACGUUUGCUCUCCUGUUGACCGUUUACAGGACUUCUGUUCUGUAAAGAUUGUAUUUCAGAAGUUAUUCUCUGGAUGGGGUUUAAUGAAAGCAUGUCUGCAUAAGGUUGUCGUGCAUUGUUCUCCGUUUUAAUUUCCAUGUGUAUUUCUUAUAUAUAAUUAUUUAUUUGGCCUUCUCCGAAACCGCAACCGCAACUGCAGCUUAACUGGUUAGAGUAUUGUGAUCAGUGAUGAGACUUUGGGGAAUAUCUAGUGUAUAUGUCCCACUUUGUAUUUAAGUAUUAAAUCACAAUGAGGAAAAUAA